GUCUCGUUCCGUUUCGUCUCGUUUCGUUUCGUCUCGUCUCGUUUCGUUCCAUUCCGUUUCGUUUCGUUUCGUUUCGUUUCGUUUCGUCGUUCAUUCGUUCGUUAUAUUCGUACGCACGCGAGUGUUAUAUGUACGAAAGAGAUCGAGAGCGAAAGCGAGAAACACAGGAUUUGUAGUAAACGCGACGACGAGCCGCACGAUACACCCUGGUGGACGUAUGCAGGCAUUGUCUCGAAAGAGAUCUCAUCGGAUUCUUCUUAACAUUAUCCUACCUCCUGUUUCUAUGUUCUUCUCUUUUCUCUCUCUUUCUCUUUCUCUCUAGAUUUAUCUAACUAGACAUCUCGCGUCUCUCUUUCGUGCGCGCGUAUGAAUUUCGCGGUUUUAUGCAGACCGGCGGCCGAUGUAAAUGUCACGAAUAAUAAACAGGGCUAGUGCCUUGACCGUGGGUCGAAAGUGUCGCUCAAAGGGGCGAAAUUAUGUGCAUGGACGUUCAGGCUAACGAGAAGAAGGAGAAGAUGAACGACAGGAUCGUCGACGAGGACGUGCAGAUCGUCGAAGCCCGUGUUACAAGAGGUUUCGAUAAAGUUGUCGUUAAACAAGAACGCCCAGAUGAAGCGGAGAUCCGAGAAUUGGCUGCCAAAAUGGUGGAAGCGAACAAGGCGAAAAUGGUCUCGGCGGCGGCGGCGGCAGGAGGAGGAGGAGGGGGUGGAGGUGGAGGUGGAGGAGGAUCAGCACAGCAAAGAGGAGCCGCCAGUCAGUGUUUAUCUUCGUCGCAGGCUAAUCUUCCUGGAAUCCUUGGAUAUUUAAACAAGCGUCCGGCCGAUUCGACUGUGGCGAAAACAACAGGAUCGACGGCGACGGGAGAGGGUAAAACUCCAUUGGACGACGAAAGUCAAAGGGGUAGAUUCGGAUGGACGAGUUUCGAUGAGUGUCACAUACCUUACAUAUUCCGUGCCGGUGAAAAAUAUUGCGCGGUACGAAUCCUAGAGUCUAAGCUGUUGAACAAGUACCUGAGUUACCUGCACUCGGAUAUCUAUAGCUGUACGUGCAUAAGAAGUUACUAUAUUACGGAUGCCGAGAGUAAGCUUUUCAACGAGAUUAAUAUCAAGCAUUGCGAUAAUCAAUUUGGAAGGGAUCAGUUUACGUGCAAGGAUCUCGUAGUGAGGUUAUCCGACGCUAAAGAAUUCUAUACGUUUUUGGAUGUGUGUUAUACAAAGUUAACGGCUGGCGCGAAUCCGAACGUAACGAGCAGGCACAAGGCCGACAAGUGUGGUUUCAUACGGAUAAAUAAGGAAUCUGUGGUACCUUAUACGGUGAAGGACGGUCUCCAAUACGUACCCCUAUUUUAUUUCGAGGGCGAAACGGAGAAUUUGAAGUUGAAGGCGGAGAAACUCGAAGGUUGGGACCUUUCGUAUUUGAAGUUUUGUUGCAAGGUACAGGGUAUAAGAAACGAACUCUUCGCAAGUGAGACAUGCUCCGUGAUCAGUUUGAGUGAUAUUAAAAGUUACUUUCCCCCUGAUACGGGGUUCGAAGAUUAUUGGCCGAACAAAGUGAUGGACUCUCAGUUGUUAGUGAGUAGCAAGGGUGGUGGGGGCGGUGGUGGAUGGACCAGACAACCGCCCACGCCACCGGUGUCGAAGACAACAUCCGUACAAAAUAAUACGAGUAAGGCGAGCCUUAAUACGCGUACGGGCCCUUUACAGACGAUAUUACCACGUGGAUCUAGUGCGACGAGUGCCGCUCAAACGCAGCGAGUUAGUCAGUCGAGGCAAACCGCUGCUACGACGCAUCCCGCUCAUUCCUCGCCAUCCUCGCUUCCAUCUGGAAGAUCGAGUAUCCCUUCUCAACCAAUGUUGAACGUCGUACAGGGUGUUGUCAAUGGCUGGUCAGGACUCGUUGGUGGACAGCCGACUUUCCAAACCGCCCUAGUCUCUCAGGCUAAUUCUCUCAUACGUACGCCACCUCCGUUGAACAUGCACAAUAUAUCUGCGUCAAGCAAAACCUAUACUACUCAUCAGUCAAGAAGUAGAGGGGGUGGUGGCGGAGCAACGGCUCAGUACCCUGGAGUUUAUCCAGUUACUACUAUGCAAGCCGUUGCUCAGGCCCAACCACCCCCUCUUGUCAGAGCAACGGCGCACACCAGUCAACCUAAUCUUGGUUAUCCAACCUAUGGGAAGGAUGACUGGGUAACUACGACAUAUACAACACCUUCCUUGGGUGUUCCUGACGCGGUCACAGCCAGAACGUAUCCACAAAUGAUUGGUUUGAGUGAACAGGUACAAGCCCUUAUGCCUGCUCCUACGACAGCAUCGACGUUAUUAGCACGUCAGCAAAGGCAUACACCACCUGUACACAAUACAUCCCAUACAAAAUAUCCACCACCUUUAAUACCAGUGAAUGGAAGUAAUAAUAGUUCCAGGGAUUCAAGAGGAAGAAAAGCUUUGAUAAAUAUAUCAGAAACACCUCUAUCGAGUUGCCAAGCGCAACCAUAUCAAGUCCAAAAGGCAUUGAUAGAAGACAAAAUGGUACCUUGUAUCAACUUUAAACCAUAUAUCUACUCUGAAUUGUUGAUGACACUCCCAGACUUUGUGUCUAAUUAUUUUCCUGCCUGUGACAUUAACAGUUGUAGACAAGUUCUUACGGAUGUCUUAAACAUAGAUUUAUACCAAGGGAAUAGACUGCAAAUGAAAAUGUUGAUGGAAGCAGGAAAAUGCUCUUCUUUAAACGAAGAAUUGCCACUAAUUCAAGUAGGAAAUAUUAUGAAGUACAUGCCUCAGUUUAAGUACAUGUUUAACAGAGACGAUAUGGUGAUGCCUGCACCAGCACAUUCUUCUGAAGAUCACCAACCGAAAAAACGACAACGUACUAGCUAGGACUGGCUACAGCCUUACUGGCCUACUUACGAUUACUAUCACCCGGCAUUUUAAAUAAGCCGAUAAAACACAUUGACUGAGACGUUAUUACGAUGCACGAUCAUAAGAUCUACAAAUCUCAAAGUCAAAAAAUACAUACUUGGCAUUAUUGCUUUGAGCAAUAUGAUCACCUGAAUUUCGUGUUUGAGUACAAGAGAUCUGUGACAUAUAGUCUGAGAGAGCCAUUUCUUUCUCCAAAGCAUAUCUUUAUACUAAUGAGAAACAUAAUGCUUGUAAAUAAAGUCAUACAACAAACAAAAUUGGAGAUGCGCGCGGUUGAUAUUAUUAUAUUGUGUUCUAUGUGAUGUUUUGUUAAAAGUUGCUCCUAGCAACGUUCGUUUCGGUUAUCUCAAAAAUUUCGUACUAUUAAAUCGUACUAUAAUAAUUUCUGUACUGUAAAAAGGAAAAAAAAAAAAAUGAUAUAUGACAAGCAUCUCUUUUAACUUGUCCGAGAUGAUAUUUUCUGUAAAUAAAACCUGUCCACAUUCUCUCUUUAAACGUGUCCUUGGAGAAAGAAUGCGCUAAAAUAUAUCUGAGAUGAUAUAAAUAAGCUGUUGAGGUCGUUCUCAAAGGAUGCACCAUAUUCGAUAUCGAAGUAGAUAUCAAAAUGCCUAUUGCAUAUUGGAGCGAAUAUAUAUAUAUAUAUGUAUAUAUAUAUGUAUAUCUAUAUGUAUAUAUAUACACACACAUAUAUAUAUAUAUUUAAAAAAAGGAAAAUAUACAUUGGCAUUUGUACAUUUGAAAGGUGGAGGUAAUGCUUCUUCAAGUUCCUAGUUGUUACUAAUGUGUAUCCUGAUAAAUAGCUGCAUUAGUGGUUUUUGAAUCCUUUGAUUCAUAUUUUGGCAUAAAAAAAUUAACAGAGAACAACCUAUUUUGAAAGUUACAAUUUUUAAUUGGUAAUAUUUCAGAUGUGUGCGUACUCUAAAAAUGUCAAAUUAUAAGAGAUUUUUUUUUUUUUUUUUAAUCAGUUAUCAAAUGCCUAUAUUUAUUAAAAACAGAACGAUUGAUCGAUCAUAUGAAACCAGUGAAAAAAAUCUUUGAGAAGAAACGACGUUCAACUUUCUUCUAUUUUAAUGCACCGUACACAGGAUUGCAGUACAUAGGUUUUAAUAAAGUAUUCAACAUUUAUGAAAUGUUCUUUAUAAUAAAUAAAAAAGAAAAAAAAUAAAUGAAAAAAAAAAAGAACAAAAAACGAGUAAAAACAACAACAGCGGCGGUGGCAGCAAUAGCAGCAGCAGCAACGACAGCAGCGACGGCAGCAGCAGCAGCAGCAGCAAGAACAACAGCAGCAGCAGCUUAGGAUACAUUAGGUCUUUACAAUAUGAUAACAAUCAAUGGACUAUAUGUCAUCAUAAUGUAAAAUUCGUAUGUAAGAUAAUUAACGUUAAUUUAACCAUUCCAAGAAGAAGAAGAGAAAGAAGAAGAAGAAGAAAAAGAAGAAGAAGAAGAAGAAGAAGAAGAAGAAGAAGAAGAAUAUGAAGAUCAUAGAAUAAUAUAAUUCUUUCAAAAUUUUUUUCUUUAUUUACAACAUUUCUUAAUGUUAUAAAGCGAACAAAUGUUAUGUAUAUUACAGAAAGAAGAUACAACAUAUAUAU